AUGGGACGGAACAAGAUCAAGAUCGAAAGGAUCACCAAUGAGAGGACUCGCUUGGCCACGUUCAACAAGCGCAAGAAUGGUCUGGUAAAGAAGGCCAUGGAGCUCGCCAUCUUGUGCGGCUGCGAAGUCGCCCUGAUCGUCAUCGGUAACAACAAGCUGACGCAGUACAGCAGCAGCGACAUGGAUCAGCUGCUCCUGCGCUACACCGACGGCGGCUUCGAAGAACCCCACGCCGAGCCCCUCACCAGCGACGACUACCCCAAGCUGUUCGGCAAGAAGAACAAGGCCCUCGUGACCGGCACGUGCGCCAGCAGCAAGGAGUCGCCCGCCAAGAAGGCCCGCGUUGAGAGCCCCGCCCCCCUCCAGGCCGCCUCCGCCGCCGCCCCCUCUCACCCCGUCGUCGCGGUCAAGCCCCUCGCCCCCGCCGCGCACCACGACGGCCGCUCUAGCCCCUCGGCCGCCCCCGUGCCGACGCUCGUGCCCCGCGGACCUUCGCCUCCUCUCGGUGUCAAGCCCGUGUCGCCCACCGCCGGCUUCGCCCGCCUCUCUGCGCCCCAGCAGCAGUUGGCCGCGAGCUACCCCGCGCCCUACAUGGUGGGUGGCGGCUACCCGGCCACGCGCACCGGCCAGUUCCCGUCGUCCCAGCAGCAGUCCUCCUCGUCCCCGUCCCGUAGCAACAUCAUCACCCCCUCCCUCUACUCUGCCCCGAGUACCUCCGCCAACAACGUCAACGCCAACAGCAGCACCCCCGGUGGCCGCAUCUCGCCUCCGAGCCACCGUGGUAGCUUCGCCGCGCCCGGCUCUGUGUCGCCCACGUUCGAGGGCGCCAAGCCCCAGUCGCCCCACUCCAACCCGCCGACUCCCCCCGGCAGCGGCGGCCAGUACGCCGAGGAGAUGCGCAGGGCCUCGUCGGCCGGCCGGCUCCACCAGGAGCAGCAGUUCGCGCAGAAGCUCAACAAGAAGAACCUCUCGCUGGCCAUCCCCGACGCCUCGUCGGUCUCCUCGGCCAGCUUCCCCGGCUCCUCCUCGUCGGGCCACUCGCGCCACACCACCUACACGCCGGGCUUCACCGGCCUCAACGUGCCCUCGAGCAUGCCCUUUGGAGCCGAGCACGACCACAUGUCGCAGCACUCGGCCGUCCUGCCGUCGCCCUCGACCUUCUUCGCCGGCGAGACCCCCGAGCCUGCCAGCUACGCCAUGCCCGCGUGGGGCAGCUGGAUGGCCUCGUCCUCGCCCAGGCACCUCCAUGACUCACUGCCCCAGGAGCGCUUCCUCUCGCGUGACCUCAACAUGGCCCUCCACGACGGCACCCUCCACCAGCAGCUCCAGCUCGGCAAGCAGCUCCCCUACACGGUCGGCGACAAGCGCAAGGCCCAGGACCUCCUCAAGGUUCUCUGA